UUCAAAUUUAAAAUCACACACGGGAGAUAAAAUUACAGGCGGAAUUUUAUUUUUUAUUUUUAUUUUUUAAUUUUUUAAGCGAAAACAUUAGGACCAGAGUGGGAGAGAGAAGGGAAAUAAGAAAGCAUUCAAACCAGAGAGAGAGAGAGGGUGGGUUCGUCAGACAAUUUUCUUCGCGUUCAAUUGGUUCGGAAAGAGAGAGGUGGGAGCGAGAGCGAGAGCGAGGAGGGCCUUCCCUCUCCUUUUUUACGAUCGUUGAAUCUUGGAAUCUUCUUGAUCGACACAGGAACCGUGUAACCUCCCUCUGAUCUGCCGCAGAUCUCGCCUUCUGGUUCUUGUUUUCGCUCGUGUCGUCAUUACGUUUUAGGGUUUCCGUUCGGUCGAUCGCGAGCCGCAGAGCGUUAUUUAGGGGGUUUUUGUGGUUCAUUUGAUAUUCGAUCGAAGAUCUGCUUUGUUCGAUGGAGGCGAUCGAUGAGUUGGUUCAGCUGUCGGAGUCUAUGCGCCAAGCCGCGGCUUUGCUGGCCGACGAAGACGUAGAUGAGAAUUCGAAUUCGAGUUCUUCUUCAAGAAGAGCUCCGACAUUCCUCAAUGUUGUAGCUCUUGGAAAUGUCGGUGCUGGAAAAUCUGCAGUUUUGAACAGUUUAAUUGGCCACCCUGUACUACCAACUGGUGAAAAUGGUGCUACUCGGGCUCCUAUAAGCAUAGAUUUACAGCGGGAUGGUUCUGUGAGCAGCAGGUCAAUCAUCUUGCAGAUUGACAAUAAAUCUCAACAAGUUUCUGCAAGUGCUCUUCGACAUUCUCUCCAAGAUAGGUUGAGUAAAGGUUCUUCAGGCAAAAGUAGGGAUGAAAUAUAUUUGAAGCUACGCACAAGUACAGCGCCUCCCUUGAAACUGACCGAUUUACCUGGUUUGGAUCAACGGAUUAUGGAUGAUUCAAUGGUAAGUGACUAUGCUGAGCGGAAUGAUGCCAUUUUGCUAGUUGUUGUUCCUGCUGUCCAAGCACCGGAAAUUUCUUCUUCUCGAGCCCUCAGAGUUGCCAAGGAACAUGAUGGUGAUGGUACUAGAACUGUUGGUGUAAUUAGUAAAAUAGAUCAAGCUGCUACAGAUCAGAAAGCCCUGGCAGCUGUUCAGGCUCUUUUGUUAAAUCAGGGACCGCCAAAAACAUCUGAUAUUCCAUGGGUUGCUUUGAUUGGUCAGUCUGUUUCAAUAGCUUCUGCCCAGUCUGGUGGUGCUGGCUCUGAGAGCUCGUUAGAAACUGCUUGGAGGGCUGAAAGUGAAAGUCUUAAGUCCAUAUUGACUGGAGCUCCUCAAAGCAAGCUUGGCCGAGUAGCUUUAGUGGAUGCCUUGGCUCAUCAGAUUCGCAAGCGCAUGAAAGUCCGGCUCCCAAACCUCCUGUCUGGGUUACAAGGGAAGUCGCAGGUAGUAGGGGAGGAGUUAGUAAGGCUUGGUGAACAAAUGGUCCAUAGUGCUGAGGGCACAAGAGCUAUAGCUUUGGAGCUUUGCCGCGAAUUUGAGGACAAGUUUCUCCUACACAUUACUGGCGGUGAGGGUUCUGGGUGGAAAGUUGUUGCCAGUUUUGAGGGAAAUUUUCCAAACAGGAUCAAGCAGCUUCCCUUAGAUAGACAUUUUGAUAUCAACAAUGUAAAGAGGAUUGUGCUAGAAGCAGAUGGGUAUCAACCAUAUCUUAUAUCUCCAGAGAAAGGUUUGAGAUCUUUAAUAAAAGGUGUACUGGAGCUUGCAAAGGAGCCAUCACGACUUUGUGUUGAUGAGGUUCAUCGUGUCUUGGUGGAUAUAGUUUCUGCUGCUGCAAAUGCUACGCCAGGUCUGGGAAGAUAUCCUCCUUUCAAGAGAGAGGUUGUGGCAAUUGCAAGUGCUGCACUGGAUGAGUUUAAGAAUGAAGCCAAGAAAAUGGUGGUUGCACUUGUUGACAUGGAGCGAGCUUUUGUGCCCCCUCAACACUUUAUACGUCUUGUGCAAAGGAGGAUGGAGAGACAGCGAAGGGAAGAGGAGCUGAAGACACGUUCCUCAAAAAAAGGAAAUGAAGCUGAACAAGCCAUACUUAACAGGGCAACUAGUCCUCAAACAGGCAGUCAACAAACUGGUGGAAGCUUGAAAUCAAUGAAAGACAAAUCCAACCAGUCUGAUAAAGAUGUGUCAGAGGGUUCAGCUUUGAAGACUGCUGGUCCUGGUGGUGAAAUAACAGCAGGCUUUUUACUUAAAAAAAGUGCGAAAACGAAUGGAUGGAGCAGGCGAUGGUUUGUUUUGAAUGAGAAAAGUGGCAAGCUUGGUUACACCAAAAAGCAAGAAGAAAGACAUUUCCGCGGUGUCAUCACUUUGGAGGAAUGUAAUAUAGAAGAGACAGCAGAUGAUGAAGAGCCCCCUUCAAAAAGUUCAAAGGAUAAGAAGGCCAAUGGACCAGAUUCUGGAAAAGGAUCCAAUCUUGUGUUCAAGAUAACAAGCAAGGUUCCAUAUAAAACUGUACUAAAAGCACAUAGUGCUGUUGUGUUAAAGGCUGAGAGUGUGGCAGAUAAGGUUGAAUGGGUGAACAAGAUAAGAAAUGUCAUUCAACCUUCCAAAGGUGGUCAAAUGAAGGGAGUGUCAUCUGAAGGUGGUGUUACCAUGCGGCAAAGUCAAUCUGAUGGUUCUCUAGAUACAAUGACUCGAAGACCUGCCGACCCUGAAGAAGAACUUCGGUGGAUGUCUCAAGAAGUACGUGGUUAUGUUGAAGCGGUUUUGAAUAGUCUGGCAGCUAAUGUCCCCAAGGCGGUUGUUCUAUGCCAAGUUGAGAAAGCCAAGGAAGACAUGCUGAAUCAGCUAUACAGCUCGAUCAGUGCCCAGAGCACGGCAAGGAUUGAAGAGCUGCUUCAAGAGGACCAGAAUGUAAAACGUAGGAGGGAACGAUAUCAGAAACAGUCCUCUCUCCUCUCAAAGUUGACACGUCAGCUUAGCAUUCAUGAUAAUCGAGCAGCUGCUGCCUCUGGCUGGUCUAAUGGUAAUGGAGCAGAAAGCAGCCCAAGAAGCAGUGGUCCACCAGGUGAAGACUGGAGAUCUGCAUUUGAUGCUGCUGCCAAUGGACCUACGGACUAUAAUUCCUACUCGGACCUGUCUAGGUCUUCAUCCAAUGGUUACAGCCACAGUCGGCGCAACAGCGAUCCAGCACAGAAUGGUGACGUGAGCUCAGGGUCAAACCGUCGCACAACACCAAACCGGUUGCCACCACCACCCCCACAGUCGGGUUCUUCAGGGCACAGAUACUUUUAGGUGGCAAACCAGAUUUAUUUGACCAUUCAAUUAUUCGCAUAUUAUUGGUUGGUGAGAAUCGGCUCGGCUUUAUUUCAUGAUCCAGGCAUUAUAUUGUGAUUCAGAUUCUGCCGAGAAAUCUUAAGAAGAAAGAGGGCGUGUGUACAUAAAUAUCAGUCUCAGUUCCCUAAUCUCAGGCAUAUUUUUUACUGGUUUGCCCAGUUUCAAAACAGUGGAUUUCAAGGCUUACUUGAAUUCCAUUUAUUAUAUUCCCUCUAUCCGAUGUUUUCUUUUUUCUUUUUUUCUUGUUACUUUUUUUUUUUUUUUUCAAUCACUCAUUUUUGGAUGGCAUAGUUGUAUUUGGCUGUAUUACUUCUGUUUUUAUAUGUAUUGUCCAUUUUGGAAAUGGCUGUGUAACAUUUGAGAAUUAUCCCCUUUAGCAAAUGGGAAGACACUUUUUACCACUUGGGUUUUAUAAAGUAUGACUUUCGUGUUUGGCGACA